AUGUGUGACCAUGGAGACAGAAGCCUCGCUCCCGAAGACCGGGUGAGGGCUCUCUCCCAGAUGGGUAGCUCAGUGGAGAUAAACGAAGACAUUCCACCCCGUCGGUACUUCCGCUCCGGAGUCGAGAUGAUCCGAAUGGCAUCCAUUUACUCCGAGGAAGGCAACAUUGAACAUGCCUACAUUCUCUAUAACAAGUACAUGACGCUCUUUAUUGAGAAACUACCCAAACAUCGAGAUUACAAAUCGGCUGUCAUUCCUGAAAAGAAAGACACGUUAAAGAAAUUAAAUGAGAUUGCGUUUCCCAGAGCAGAACAGCUGAAGGCAGAGCUGUUAAAACGAUAUACCAAAGAAUACACAGAACAUAAUGAAGAAAAAAAGAAGGAAGCAGAGGAAUCUGCCCGGAACCGGGCCAUCCAGCAGGAGAUGGAAAAGGAAAGGCAGAGGGUGGCACAACAGAAGAAGCAACAGCUGGAGCAGGAACAGUUCCAUGCCUUUGAGGAGAUGAUUCGGAACCAAGAACUAGAAAAAGAGCGGCUGAAAAUUGUGCAGGAGUUUGGGAAGGUGGACCCUGGCCUCGGCGGCCCACUGGUGCCUGGCUUAGAGAAGCCCUCCCCGGAUGAGUCCCCCAUGGCGCCUGUUGCGCCCCCACAGCCUUCAGACUGUAAUACAACUGUGAAACCUGCCAAGCCACCGGCGGUGGACAGGUCCUUGAAACCUGGAACAUUGAACAACUCGGAAACUCCUACAAUUGAUGGACUGCGCCACAUGGUGGUGCCCGGGAGGCUUUGCCCACAGUUUCUCCAGCUAGCGAGCGCCAACACUGCACGGGGAGUAGAGACAUGUGGAAUUCUCUGUGGAAAACUGAUGAGGAAUGAAUUUACCAUCACCCACGUUCUCAUCCCCAAGCAAAGUGCUGGGUCCGAUUAUUGCAACACGGAGAACGAAGAAGAGCUUUUCCUCAUACAGGAUCAGUUGGGCCUCAUCACGCUGGGCUGGAUUCAUACUCAUCCCACACAGACUGCCUUCCUCUCCAGUGUUGACCUACACACACACUGCUCCUAUCAGUUGAUGCUGCCGGAGUCAAUAGCCAUUGUUUGCUCCCCUAAAUUCCAGGAAACUGGAUUCUUUAAACUAACUGACCAUGGACUAGAGGAGAUUUCUUCCUGUCGCCAGAAAGGAUUUCAUCCACACAGCAAGGAUCCACCACUCUUCUGUAGCUGCAGCCAUGUGACUGUUGUGGACAGGGCAGUGACCGUCACAGACCUGCGAUGA